UAAAAGCUGCUGCAGGACUGCAGACAUUCACACGAAGCUGGAUCAGCAAUGGCUCUGCUGAAGGUUCUGCUGCUGCUGCUGGGGCUGGGUGUUUCAGUGAACUCAGGUGUUUCUCGGCAGAAGAGAAUCAUUGGAGGUCGAAACUGUGAUGACACAGAGCGUCUGUAUCAUGUUCGGCUGGAGAGCAGCAAGGAUGAAGCAAAAAUCCUCUGUGGAGGAUCUCUGAUCCACCCUGAGUGGAUCCUGACUGCAGCUCACUGCUGGAUCCGAGGAUGGAGUAAAGUAGCAACGUUAAAAGUUCAUCCAUGGACUGCUGGGCAGCAGAUUCAGGUAAUCCAAGACAAACCUGUGACUUGUACUCACGGCGGCCUCCAGCAUGACAUCAUGUUGCUGAAGCUUCAGACACCAGUAACGGAUGUCCCAGUUGCUCAGCUACCAGACUGCCUAUAUCGUCUUAAAGUAGGCGAUGUUGUUCAGCUGGCAGGAGAGGGAGGAACGACAACCGGCCCCAAUAAUGAGCGAUUAUCCCUCGGUGCUCCUAUUCCAGUACAUCUUCAGUGUGUCGACAUGAAUGUUGUUGAGGUUUCCCAAAUCCAUCCGACAUAUGGGCAUGUAUUCUAUGCUGGAGCACCAAACAAGGAUAUAUGCUAUGGCGACGCUGGUGGAGCAGCUAUGCACAACGGCAAGAUUUAUGGUGUGAUUUCUUUUGGUCACUCAGAUUUCGCAUGUCAGAGACCACCUAUGAUCAUGGAUGUGUGUAGAUACCUGGACUGGAUAAGAUACAGAACUGGGAUUCAAUAAAACAUAAACUACCAUGAAAUAAAAUGUUCUCAUCAAAUUUCC